AAGUCAAGCCGCUAGACCGGAAAAUGUCUUCCUCCACCUCGACCAUCAAAGCAAGGCAUUACACCGCUUUAUCCGCCCGUCUACGACAAUUGGGUAAUAAUCUCGCAGAGAGCGAAGCUCAGUUGGCGGCUAUGGCAGGUCAGUUGCAGAGUAUGGCGAAAUUAGGUGUUUAUUGUGGUGCUCAGUUCAUGGCUGUCUCACGUCUACUUGACUCGGAAUUACAACUCACCAAACCCAUAGAGCCGACUCAAGAAACCAAAUAAACCUCCAUUCACUCUCGUCAAGACCUAUGACAACAUCCUACACGUCUUCUCUCUCGUCAUACUCACCUUCAUCGGACUUCAUAAUCUACCAUGUCGAACUUGUGUAUACUUGAUCUCGACGAAUGUACAUCGUAUCCGAUAUACUUGACCCAUGGACGGAACGAUAUCACCUACGCUCCAGCUUCGGCGAAAUCUUGGGCUUCUCAAUCGAAGUUGGACACCAGCGGUUGUAUGGUCAAUAAUGCAGGACAUUCAGCAGGAGAGCGAGGGAGGAAGGAAAUGUCUUGAUGUGCGAUGUGGAGAAGGAAAGGUGGUGUGAUAGUCCCUCGUUUGGAAGAAGACGGUAGUUGUGUCCAUAGACAAGGGUGGAAAGAGAGUCAGCAGGAAACCAAAGACAUGAAGAACGCUCCCCUCCC